AUGUCGAUCCUUACCUCCUCCACCUCUCUGAGCUACCCACUCUAUGCGUGCGAGUUCGACCCGGAAGAUGCGUCCAAGCUGGUGGUCGGAGGCGGCGGCGGCGCAAGUCGCACGGGCGUGGGAAACAAGAUCUCACUCUUAACGAUCACGAAUCAAGACUCUGUCAUCUAUCACACGUCCGAGCUCGAGCUCAGCAAAGAGGAGGACAACGUCACUAGUCUCGCCGUCAGCCACCCCAAGGGCAAGCCCAUCUCGGUGUAUGCAGGUGUCAAUUCAAGUCCCGAGGCGCAGAAGAAAGGCAACAAUGAGCACCUUCGGGUCUUUGGGAUCAAGCCCGAGUCCAGGGCCAAAUCACCUAUCCCGCCAGCCAUCAAGGAGCUCGGUCGCAGCAAGCUCUUCAAUACAAAGGACGUCAAUGCCUACCAGAGGCUACUAAGGCUUUCUUCCCCGUUCGAGGGCUCUGCACAGGUCGGCGUCUGCGCUAGUGGGCUGUCCCAGCAGCCCGAAAUUGCCAUCUUCGACGUCACGUCCGAUAAUAUCAGCGCCAGCCCAAAGCCGCGCGGGCUGCUCGAGCUCGAGCGCGAGCCGUCGGACCUGGACGUCAUCCAGACAGACAAGGACGAGUACCUCCUGGUGUAUUGCGACGACUACAGGCUGUUCACGCACAGGAUCAAGAAGGGCGUCACGGAGGAGCCGCGGUGCGUCUUCAGCAUGCCCGACGAGGACACGACGGGCAUCAAGGGCAAGCCUGCCUUCCGGUCCCUGCGCUUCCUGACGCCGACCUUCGUGCUCGCGGCGGCGAACCUGCCCAAGCGCACCGGCGUCGUUCUGCAGGGGUUCCGCCUGCCCGCCAAGGUCGAGGACAACGCUCGCCUGGCCCUCUCGGCCAAGCUGCCCAAGGCCAUCAUGCAGGCCACGGGCAUGACCGUGCGCAACCUCUCCCCUCCCUCGUCCCCGGCCGCCAAGUACGGCGACUGCCAGUUCGCCGUGGCCGUGACCGGCGUCGACAACUCGAUCUACCUCUACACUCUGGAGCACCAGGCCGUGAGCAACGUCGAGCUCAUCAUCAACUGCCACCCAUUUGGCGUCUUGGCCCGCGUGCACGCGGCCCAGAUCACCGACGUCGCGCUGUCGCACUUUGGCCCGCCCGCCAAGUCGACCUCGCGCACGCAGUACGUCAAGCUCGCCAGCGUGUCGGUCCAGAACUCGGUCCGGGUGCACCACAUCCCGCUCCGCAAGGUCAUCGACCGCAACGCCCCCCUGCAGCGCGGCGGGCCGCCCCGGCAGCCGCGCUACGUCGUCGCGCUCAAGCCGCAGGUGCGCUCGCCGAGGGGCAUCAUCAUCGCGGCGGCCGUCGUCAUGGCGCUGCUGGCCGUCAUCCUGCAGGCGAGCCUCGAGGUGCGCGGCCUCUCGCAGCCCGUCGUCCACGCGCACCGCUUCGUGCCGCUGUCGUGGCAGCUGCAGCAGCACCCGCGGGACGCCGUCCGAGCGGCGUCGCGCCAGCACGAGGGCAAGCUGAUCCAGCUGUUGGCGGCGCAGAAGCUCGGGCCGGACGGCGGCGGGCGGCCCGUCGUCGUGCGCGAGAACGCCGAGGCGGGCGAGCACGGCAUCGAGGUGACCAGCGCGCCGCACGACGAGGCGGGCCCGCCGGCCCGGAGCUGGGAGGAGCUGCCCGCCGAGCAGCGGGCCGCGUGGAAGGAGAGGCUGCGGCGGGCGGGCCACUGGGGCGAGGACAUGGGCGAGAGCGUCUUCAAGGGCGUGCUGUUUAGCGAGUUGGCGGGCGUGGUCGGGGCCAUGGUCGGGUAG